AUGGAGAGAGCUUCCCUACGCGAUGCGUGUCGCUUUGAGGAGGCUCCAUGGCAUGACUGGACACGCAUCUCCGGCAUCUAUGCAACGACUUCUUCGUACUGCUGGUGCGGAUGCCGCCGCGAUCCCCGCACAAUGCAGUACUUUCAGUGUCCUGUUUGCGACAGUCUGAAAAGGCCUAUGCAAAGACCCGCCACCAAGGUGCCUGGACCUUACGUCUUCAACGUGGAGGUAAGCGUGGAUGUCUUUGUGAUCCGCGAUGUGGAGGGGAACAAAUUCUUGAUCCUUUCCAUUGUUGACCUCGGCACGCUCUUUCACGUUGGCGUCGUGGUUGGAACUGGAGCUGGAAGCCCAUCCUCUUCAAAUUGCGCAAAGGCUUUUGACACCGCCUGGAUGUCCUGGGCAGGCGCUCCUGACCGGGUUGUUCUGGACAGGGGGACGCACAACCGCGGGGUCUUCCAGGAGAUGCUGAGAUCCCGAGGAGUGGAACUUCGAUAUACCGGCCUGGAGGCCGGCCAUCAUCUAGGACGUGGAGAACGGCAAGGUGGGCUGAUGAAGUCGAUGAUGAAACACAUCAUUCAUGAACGGCAACUCCGAGGACGACAGUCUAUUGAGUUCGUGGUGUCAGAAACGGCUGAGGUCAAGAACUCCAGACUGCAUGUUGGAGGUUUUGCUCCGGCUCAAUGGGUGCUUGGACGACUACCAAAGGACUUGGACAGCCUCACAACCCUCGGAGCAGAACAUCGGCUUGGAACUCACCAGGAGAUCUUGGAUGGGACUUCGUCGUUUGCACACCGUAUGGAGAUCCGGAUGGCAGCGAAGCAAGCAUUUACGUUCCACGAUUCGGCUCAACGUCUUCGCGCAUCUAUGCUUCGAAAGGCCACGCCCACACGUGGACCCUUCGUGACUGGAGACCUCGUCUGCUUCCACCGCAAGCAAGGAGCAAGAGUUGGACAGCGCUGGUUUGGGCCUGCUCGUGUAGUCGGUCAAGAAGGGCGAUCCAAGCUAUGGGUGAGCCAUGGAGGAAUACCCAUGACCGUGGCCGUGGAAGCAUGUCGACACGCUAGUGGACCUGAGAUACUGGCGAAGCGGGAGUUGGAACUGCGCCCAAGCAGGAAGAGACGCCGUGAAGUUAUCGAAGAUGAUGACGAGACCUAUGAGUACCCUUUUGGCGAUGACUUGGCCGGUGUCCCAGGACGUCAUGAAGAUGGAGAAGGCCUUGGAGAAGAUGAACAAAUGCGCUAUUUUGACACCACGGACAUUGCCGACGGGGGACUCUCACCCAGUCCCUAUUCACCAUCACCUGCAGGAGAAGCUGCCGCAGGACCUAUUCCUUCUCCGCUAUCACCAGCUGACGAAGGACCUGGCGUUGCGGACCUGCCACCGAUCCCUGAGGACUUACUUGAGACCGAUGAGGGAGAGAGGACGCCUACGCCCACAGUUGGUUCGACCUUCGAGCCUGAACAAGAACAAAUUCCUGUGAGCAGACAAGGAACAAGUGAAGUGAUGUCCCCUACACCGCUUCCACCAGGACUUCACGGAAAUCUCAGAGCAGCUCUUCAUAGGUCGCCAGAUCUGCUCGAUGGACAUCGUGCUGCUGAACCACGUAAUGAGCCAUCGACAACUCGCAGAGAUCGCUCGAGAUCCCCACCUACUCGGUCAUCCUCUGCGGUGAUCCCGAACCAAAGCACGUUGGUUGAGCUUCCUCGAGCCCCUGGGCAAGAUCGGGCGUUUCUGGCGUUCCUUGCUCGCCGGAAGACCGCCAUGGCACGAAGCAAAGAAUACAGUUUGGACAAAUUGGAGGCCGAAGAGCGUGUGAAAAUGGAAGCUGCUCAAGAGAAGGAAUGGGGCAACUGGCGAAACUUUGAGGCUGUCAAGGUGCUGGAUCCGACGAAGGCUGCAGAGUUUCUUCGAGAACAUCCUGGAACACAGAUUGUCCCGACCAGAUGGGUGCUGACAAACAAGGCUCAGCCCUGGGAAGAUGCCCGCUACAAGGCUCGCAUUGUGGUGCGGGGUGACCUGGAGCGGGGCGCUGCUGAGACUCGUACAGAUUCACCGACGGCAUCCUCGACAAUGGUCAACAUGUUGCUAGCUUAUGCGGCCAGCAACAAGCUUCCUUUGAGAGGAGGAGACAUCGCCGCUUCCUUCUUGCAAGGCGAGAAGAUAUCACGGAAGCUCAUCCUGAAACCACCUCCUGGCGGCCUACCAGGAGUGGAAGAUGGCAGUCUGCUUUUGGCUGAGAAGCCAGUCUACGGAACGCGUGACGCCCCUCGAGGUUUCUGGAAACGCUUGCACUCCGUGAUCCUCUCGAAGGGCCUAAGGAAGAUCCCUGGCGAGAACUCCGCGUGUGUGCUCAAUGACUCGAACAAUAACAUCAUCGGGAUGCUCAUCUGCCACGUCGAUGACCUCCUAUGGGCCGGAGGAGAACGUAUGGAUGAGGUGAUGAACCAGAUACAGUUGGCCUUCGAGUUCGGGUCAUUGGAACUCGACAACAGCUUCGUCUACUGUGGACGCAACAUUGAGCAGAGCACUGAAGGCAUCAAGGUGACCUGCCCCAACACUGCAGCAAAGGUGAGGCCCAUUGUGCUAACCAGAGAAAGACGUCGUGAACGUGAUGCCGCAGCCACCGACAACGAGAACGGGCAACUCAGGAGUGUCUUGGGGAGUCUAGGCUGGGUGACACGUGUGUGUCGUCCAGAUAUUGGCUACCAGGUCAACCAUCUCCAGAGCAUCCAAAAGAAUGCCGUCGUGAGCGACCUGAUUGCCUGCAACAACCUUCUGAACUACGUCAAGGAGACUCCUCAGCAUGGCCUCUUCUACCGCUACAACGCGGUUGACUUCAAUGAGGCCGCCAUCCUCUCCAUCACCGACGCUUCCUAUGGUGCAGACUAUGAUGUGGACGAGCACUAUGGUGUGCCUCUCGGGAAUCGUUCCCAGUCCGGAAGGAUCCUAGCUCUUGGAAACAAUGACUUCGCUUCGACCGGAACAGGCGACAUCUACAUGAUCGAAUGGCACAGCAAUGUGCUGAAGAGAGUGUGCCGCAGCACACUACAGGCUGAAACCCUUAGCCUCGUUCAGGGCUAUGAGGAGGCUGAACAUGUUCGGGUGCUGAUGCAUGGGCUCUACCACGAGAAGACGGGCUCUACCAACGACUUCAUGAUCGGCGCGAUGGAUGGACGACGCUUGGAGAUGUUCACCGAUUGCAGAAGCUUAGAAAGCCACCUGAAGCAGCCGGGACUUUCCACGGUUGCCGAUAAGCGCCUGGCUAUUGACCUCAGUGCCAUGCGCCAGCUGGUGUGGCGAGACUCCGGAGAGCUAGUUGGAGAUCCUGUUUACCAAGAUGCUCCUCCGCAAGCUUCCACAACCCGCGUGAGCUGGAUAGAGACCAAGACGAUGGUUGCCGACAGUCUGACCAAGCACAUGAAGUGUGAGCAGCUCUUGGCCUUGAUGCACGAAGGCAAGGUCACUUUCGACAUGAACAAAGAACAUUCGAAGAAGGCAUCAAUGAAGCAAGACAAGCAAGAUCGUCAAGCAUCAAUGAGUGGCUGA